AUGGAAAUGAAGCUGCAUCACUCAGUUGACGAGGCAAACUUUUCUUUUGGCCAAACUGGGACCGAACUUGGUCAGGGCGUGCUCAUGGUCAAUGUCAACAACGGUGGCUGGGGAACGGUCUGCUCAAUUGGGUUCAAUCAAGCAGCCGCUGAUCUCGUCUGUUCAAAGAUAGGAUUCAAGCGCGCCAUAAGAUACGGUCCGAAUUUGCUUGAUGGUAGCUUGACCGAAUUAGAAGACAAGAAAAUUAUUGUUCAGGAUGUCACGUGCUAUGGUGGAGAACAAUCACUCAUGGACUGCGGGGCGGUUUCUGCAACUGAUGAAUGUGACCACAACAAGGAUAUUUCUAUCCAGUGCACAAACGAAGAAGCAACCGGCGAGUGCAUCUCCUAUCAGAAAGUCAUCGAAAACCAAGGCGCAGUGUUUCCAGGCCAGUACAAACCCGUCUGCAACUUGGACGGCACUUUUUACAAAAAACAAUGUGACCAAGAAAACAGAAACUGUUGGUGCUCUACACCAGACGGAGACGAAAUCAGAGGGACGAAAGUUAGUUUCAAUUAUGUUGAAGAUAUGGAUCUAAUGGAGUGCGAGCCGGAUGAAAAUGGAAGUUUCAAAUCUGACACUAGCGAAGGUGUUAUUCGUUUGAGAAACUCAAACAAAAAAUCAAGGAAGGGACUCGUCAGCAUUUUUCAUCGAGGAGAAUGGGGCUUCAUCUGCAGAGAUCAAAUGGAUGCAAACCUUGCUGGGGUGAUUUGCCGCCAACUUGGGUUCGAUCGAGCCGGUCCCUCUGCUGCUCUCCGCCAAGCGCCACAGAUGAAAGUUUUUCUUCCAAAAUACGAGCCGUCAAUGAUGGCGACGCCGAUUCUCUGCAACGGGGAUGAGGAAAAGAUUUCGUAUUGCUCUCAGUCAACUUGGGCUCUUCCUUCCAACAUUCCAUGCGAAAAGGACGCUGCUGUUAUGAUUCAGUGCGACAAUAUUUCUGAAGCGGAGAAGAAAAUGGCUGAGCAGCGAAAACGCUUUGCCAGGACUGAUGAAUUGAGACGAACGCUAAAUGAUUAUAUGAGAAAAUUUAAAGAAGCUGAAAAUACCGUCUAUCCUCCAUCAUUUUACCCAACCCUGAUAUCAUGGAAUGAGGAAGCUCAAACUGCCCUUGAAGAAUUCAAGCAACUCGAUUCAGGCACAUCUUAUGGCAUUUUUGCUAACUAUUUCAACGUCAUCGUGAAAAACUACAUGAGCAAUAUCAAACUCCCAGAAACUCCUGAAUUAUCCGCAGAUCCCUUACAGCCCGCUCUAACAGAUGUGCCAAUGUGCUAUCCUGGAACAAAAUGGUCAUCUUGCAAUGGUCACUGUCAAAAACAAUGCCGUCAGCCACUCUACAACCCAAGAUUUUGCACCAGAAGAUGCGUCCCCGGAUGCGUUUGUGAAGAUCCAAACGAAUGGUUGAGGCCUGACGGAAGCUGCUCAAAGACAUGCGAGUAUUUCAAUCCUCAAAUUGAACAAGCAAAUCUGAAUAUUCUCAAGAACCAAGAAAUCAUCGACAAUAUUGUGUCGAAUACACGAGAGUCUUCCGGAAUCAGCGGCGGAAUAACGUGCCCGGACGGAAUGAUCUUCAGCCAAUGCAAGGCUCAUUGCCAAGUCAAGUGCGGCGAAGAAGACGAAGAAAAGCUCUGUGAUGAGAGCAAAUGCAUGCCAGGAUGUGUUUGUCCAGAAGGCGAAUUUAUGUGGGCCAACGGAAAAGCCUGCUCUUCAAUCUGCUUAAAACCUACCCAAGCACCAGAGAAGCCCAAAACAUGCAUGGAUAUUAUGCCAGAUUGUACUAAAUUUGCUGAAAAAUGCGACGACCUCAUUUCCGGACCAACUUUGCAGACUGCAUGUGCUUUUACAUGCAAAAACAAGGAUGCAUGUGGAGACUUUUUUGAACCAAAGAAGCCAGCUCCAACUCUAGCUCCAGUUGCCAUAGAGCCAAAAUCGACAUGUAAAGACUUGUACCCAACUCAGUGCCAACUAGAAGUGUUCAAAAAGAGAUGUGAUCCAGUAAAAUACUCGACAUUUGCUCUCGGAUUCUGUCGAAAAUCUUGCGGAAAUUGCGACAAGCCUGAAUACAAGCCAUUGAAAAGAAAUGGUUCCCCUAAAACUGAAAUUACUUCUGAUGUUGUCUCUGAACCAGCUUGUGUUGAUACGAUGAAACCCGCGUACAUGUGUGAGAAUCUAAGAGACAAUUGUAUGACAGUCAAGACAAUGCAAACUGCUUGUAAAAAGACAUGUGGACUGUGCGAUCAAACUGCUCAAACUAAAUUGAGUUCGUCGAUAACCGCCCAAAUUGUUGCCAACCAAGUCCAAACAAGUUUAAGUCCAACUGCCCAGACAGUUAUGACUACGCAAGCGGCAAUGAUCUUUCAACCGCCAACCAACAAUCAACCCGUUUUCAGUUCACCUGAUCAGCAGCAACCUCCUACAAUCUACAAGCCACCAAUGAACAAUCAGCCAUCUUUUUCAAUGAACCAGCCUCAAACCAGUCAAUCCGGAAUAACUGCCUCAGUUGUUACCAACUACCAAGCCCCUCAAAUGAAUUCAUAUCAGCCCCCUCAACCCCAAGUCACUCAAGCUCCGGAUCCUUGCGUGGAUGUUGUCGUCAACUGUGCAGAUCUGAUCAAAGGUGGAACAGUUAAUUUUUGCAUGUAUCCGACUCUCCAGCAAAAUUGCAAAAAAUCAUGUGGAAUUUGUCAGCCAGCCCCAGUGACUACUCCUCCACCAACAACAACGACCGUGACAACGACCAAAACACUUCCAGUAGUCCUUCCAACGAAGCCGUCCCUCAACUGCAUCGAUUCCCGUCUUGGCGGGCAAACAACAACUGCGAUCUAUUUGAGCUGCAAUCCGGAUGGCACUUACGCACCGAAGCAGUGCAAUCCAGUUCAAAAAAGUUGCUGGUGCGUUUUCCCAGAUGGAUUAGAAGUUGUUCGAACUCGCUCUCAAUUCGAUCUACGAAAUGCUUACAAAAUGGACCAAAUGGAAUGUACGAAAAAUAUCCUCGGAUUGUACGAGUCGAAUUUCAACGGACGCGACUUUUUCGAACCAGAGGGAGAGGUACUGUCAGCGUGCCAGAGCGAGUACAAAAGAAACAUUCUCCUUCCGCGAGGAACCGCGAGAUUGCCAAGUUGCGAGGACAACGGUGACUACAGCGAAAUUCAAUGCUCGCAGGAUGUUGCUUCUACUGUUUCAGAGUGUUGGUGCUCUGACAAGGACGGCCUGGAGAAAGACAAUACCCGAAAAAUGCUGCAGGGGAAUCCAGAACUCGCAAGAACAGAAAUGGACUGUCGCGAAAAAAUAAUCAUCCCAGGCCCUUGCGCGGAACGAAUUGAUGAAAUCCGCCAAAAAACGUCUCUCACUCCAUACGGUCAAUUCUACAAUUACAGAGGCCAAGCAUCUGCUCCAAUGCUACCGAAAUGCAACGAAAGAGGAUUUUAUUUGGCGAGACAAUGCGACGCUAAUAAUUGCUGGUGCGUGACGCCCAUCGGAGAUGAACUUCCAGGAACGCGAGUUCGAACUCGAGGACUGUUCGCCCGAGCUCCUCCGAAUUGCGAGGCUCUUCUGAACGGCCCAUGUAUCGAAGCUCAAAUGAGCACUGGCGAAACAAAGAGCUGUGACCGAGCUGGAUUCUACAACGAGGUGCAAUGUCCUGUUUCUGGCCACGCGUGCAUAUGCGUUGACAAAAAUACCGGAGAGCCGAACGGAAGAAGAGUUUACAGAGGCUAUUUCGGCGCGAGCUAUGUUUGUGUUGCUCAACAAAUGAAUUCCGUUGUAAACAUGUUUGGCCGAUGA